AUGAGGAAGCAGGACUGAGAGCCAAGAGAGAAAAAGAGAGACUGGGACCAGAGGAGAGGUGCUGCCUGGGUUAAACUUAGCAGUGUUAGGCUCAUUUUUCUCUCUCUCUUUUUUUCACCUCCUCUUUGUCUGUUUUGAAGGGGGGGGGCAGAUGGCUGGGGCUGACAGAGCAGAGAGCACAACGCCAGUGCGGGCAUGAGGAGCUGCUUUCACAGGAACACUGGGCACUGCAGGGAGCCAUUCGCGUCUUUCCUUUGUUUCCCAUCAUUGGCAGAGGCAGGUUUUAACAGCAAGAGAGGAAAUCUAUGUCGAGACGAAGGAGGAGGCAGAGAGAAAGAGAGAGAAGGAGAGUAAAACAGAGGACCUCAGAGGAGCAGGGGAGGUAGGGGUAAGCCUUGUGACAAUGUUUCUCUCCUUUUGGACUAUUAACAAUGACAUAGAUUUGUCUUUAACCUGUCAGGUUUGGAUGUUUAUAUCCUAGUAUAAACAACGCUAUGAUCCGGAUAUCUUUUUGUUUAUUUGAAGAGUGGAGCCAUUGCAACACGGCUGUAUUUGAUUCCACAAUACCUUUUCACAUUUGUUUUGAGCUUGAUUUUGGAUUGAAAAAAGUACCUAUCAAUUCCUGAUGACAUUGUUGCUUGAUUAUUCACAUCAUGCUUACCUAAAUCAUCACAAAUGAGAGUUGAUUUCAACAAUGAGUGACUUGUUUUUGUAAUGUUUUACUGGAAAACAGACCAUCAUCCACAAGAGAGUUUCUUGAGGAACUGAGAGUUUUAUCCCAAAGGGAUUGACUCAGCCUACAAACACAACAAGGAUUGAGUAAUCAGUCCUUUUCAUUGGGGACAAGAGAGUUUGGACUCACGUCAUUGUCUGGAAGACAGUGACUUAUCUGGGGACAAUCUCCUCAAUCUGUCUGCACCCCAACAAACAAAGACCUAGGACUGGUUGUGACCGCAGACACAGUGACCCUAGUGGUCGUGAUUGACUUCAGACGUUUUCACCCCAAUCCACUGAUUCCCUGGGUCUCUGGCCAUCUGGAAGCUGGUUUCAUGCACCCGGUCCGGUGGUGUAACGGAUGUCUGUGCGGUUUAAGAUCGCAGAUCUCAGACCCUUACGGCAAGAUGACAUCGGAAGAGAUCUACAACCUGCCCCUCAACGUGUACGUCAUCAUCCUGGGCAUCGGCCUCUUCAUCUUCAUGCUCAGCCUGAUCUUCUGCUGCUACAUGUUCAGGUUAAGGCGACAAGGCACAAGGGAGCAAUACGGAUAUAAUGAGGUUGUUUUGAAAGGAGCAGGAAAGAAACUGAGUCUUCUUGGACAGACCUGUGCAGUGUGCUUAGAACAGUUCAAAAGCAGAGACGAACUUGGAGUGUGUCCCUGCUCACAUGCCUUCCACAAGAAGUGUCUGUUAAAAUGGCUGGAGAUCCGCAGUGUCUGCCCUAUGUGCAACAAACCUAUCUGCCGUUUGCAGCCAGACCUCCCACAGGGCGCAGAGAGGCCCCAGGGCCCAAUGGAGGUGUGAGAGGAGAGAAGGACCCCACCACAGCACCUCAACACCACUAACUACAGUCCCAACCUGCCUCUCCCAGACCGCCUGACCCCUAAAAAUCACACCCUGGUCUAGGUGAAGGGAAUCAGGCAUUCCAUGCUGACCUCUCCCAUAUUUCCUAGUUCUGACAGGCUAUUUAAAUCCACUCCACUCUUUGAAGGUGUUAGAGCCCUGCAGGUGUGUAUGAGAUAAGACUUUAAAGUGGAACUCAUAGAACAAUAUUGGGGGACAAACUGACAAACUGUCAGUACCCUCCAUCCCAUGUUGCCAAUGGAAGAUAGGGUGUCUGAUUGGUCGAUGAGUAACAUAGGACCUGGAUGGAGGUGACACCCACAUACCACGCUCAUAGCUGCCAAUAUGGGCCAAUGCGGUAUCCAGCUAUGACAUAGGGUACAGUGACCCUGUCUCUAAAUAACACAUCAGGGUCAUUCUUGAUUUGCAGUGCCUUUUGAGCAUGGCAUUUUGGAAGACAUUUACUUCAUUUUUGUUUAGUUGUUUUUAUUUAAAUGUAUUUGGGUACAUCUUCCCAUUCUAAAUAAAUGAAUAUGGCCGAUUAAUGACUUUAAGUAAUUUUGACGAUAACCUUCUGCCACCGCUAGGAGUAGUAACACCAAUGAUGCCAUUAUCUAUGUCAGAAACUGCAUCCAUUCUGCCUGCACUGUCGAGUUGAGGGACGGGCAUCGCGUAGGAGUGGCCUACCUGUCGGAAGACAAUGCAAUGUUGGUAAUACCAAUGACACAUUUUUUGUAAUUGGGGAUUUUCUUAAAUGGAGACCACAGCUGCUCGGAUGUAAUGUCAUUAACCCUUAAUUUACUCAAGUUAUAUGAUUGAUUGCUCACAAUGUAAUUUCUCUUCAUUUAAAUUGAUUAGCCUAACACUAAUAACACUUUAUUUAGACACACCAUAUUAUAGCACUCUAAAAGGGUGUGAAUAGCUAACAACUUUCUUUAAUAUAGACUACUCCUCCGAUAAGAGUUUUUCUUGGAGAGAAGGCUCAAGGUCCAAGUAUAUCGUUUGAGUAAUGAGUAAUCUCAGAAACCCAGAACUAAAAUCUUACGUAAUUGCGUCAGAUGCUCGAUUAGAUUCUGGAGGAGAUGUAUUAGGAAGGAUACUAACACGACUAGUGAAGUCUCUUUAAACAAUGCAUUAAAGAUACAGUUUUGCAGUAGAAAGGACUCGCAUUAAUAAACAGUUCAACAUAAACAAAACAUGUGUAUGAUGUGUAACUAUUUGUCAUAAAGUGUUAUUCAUGGUUGAAAAGCUGAGGGACGCAAAUGCCAUCGCAAUUCAAUUAAAUAAAUAGUCUUUAAGUUAUUUCUAAGGAAUUGUUUUGUAUUAUAACUGACUUUCAAUAAAGUGUAGUGUUUCAGUGA